GCUGCUGCUGUGUCCAGACCUAAGACGCAGCCAAGCAUAAUUCUGGGAAAUCACUGCCUGCUUAACAGCCUCCCUCCUGCUGCUACCAGUCCCCGAUCGCUGGACGAUGAAGGGCACUUCGAUCGCGUCUGUCUUGCUGCUGGCACUGGUGGGGCUCUGGAAUGUGGAAAACCGCGUCGAAGGACAACCCAAAGCAUUUGUGAAGUGCAAAAAAUUAUGCACUGAAUUUUCACGAAAAGAAAUACCCCAGAAACUGUUGAAGACCUAUAGGAAGACAGAACCAUCAUGUCCCAAAGCCGCUAUCAUAUUUGUCACUAAGAAGAAUAGAAAGUUCUGUGUAGAUCCAGAGGAGAACUGGGUGAAGGAAGCAGUCCGACAGCUAAACCAAGCCCCUCUGAAUCCGCCACUUUCAAGCACCGUCACUUCUGCAGUUGUGCAAGAAGGGGCAGGCGUUUUUCACAGAGUAGUUGGCGAUGCUGGCUCUAAACCAACACAGCCCAGUGUUCCGGCCAAUCCCAUUCAUGGGGCUGGCACACCGGUUUCACACGUAUCUGUUGUGAGGACGGAGGAGCCCAACGUAUCCAUAUUGACUGUGCAAGAGACCAAGAAGUCUUCUACAAAAUCCUUCUCUGCAUUACCAGAGACUGUUACUCCAUCUACUAUCCACCCUGAGCUUGUUGCCAACGGCAGCGAAGUUUCCAUAAGAUCUGUUACAACGCCAGCAGCUGACAUACCAGAGAGCACUUCCAGCAGAUUUCAUUCAGUUCCCACCCCUGUCAUGAAAAGCUCUGAGAGUUUCGUAGAAUCUAGAAACAAGUCCACAGGAUCUACUAUCAGUCCAACAACUGAUAUACCUGGCACAGCUCCCAGCAGAUUGAAUUCAGAUCCCACCACUGUUAUCAAAGGGUCUGAGAGUCCCAUACAACCUACAUACAGCUCUGUAGGCUCUGCUAGAAAUCAAACAGCUGGUGGACUUGCCAGUGCUCCCAGUAGAUUUAUUUCAGAUGCGCCAUCCAUUGUAAAUGGCCCUGAGAUUGCCAAGUUGUCACCUACGUUCCUGACACCGUCUCUACUAGAAUCUGUUCCCAGCAAGCCUGUUAUAGGCCUUACAUCUAUAGGGCAAGUGACUGAGAACUCUACCAUAAAACCCACAUCUGUUCUAAAAGGAAGUGAUGCCACCAAGGGAUCCACUCCACACCCCACAUCUCCUGGAGGAGAAAGUGGUUCUGUCAGUCCCAACAGUGGUGAUGAAAGAGAUGCUGUUAGUGACUCUACGGCUGAUGCUCGCACAGGUAGCUCCUUAUCUCCUUUAGGAAAGAAAGAUCCUCCUCCUUGCUCUUUUCCUGAAUCCAUUUCAUCUAUAGAAAUGUCAGUCCUUUCCGUCAAAAGCUUCCCACUUCAGAACAGAGCAAAGGGGCCUUCAGAUGGUCCCUUGGUGUCCAGCAUUUUGCCUGCAUCCCGAACCCACAUCCUCAGCCUUGCUUUGCUGGCAAGCAUUCUGGGUAUUUGCAGUGCCGCUGUAUGGAUGUAUGUAAAGGCUAAAGUCUGCCCUGAAGACUCAGCUAAAGAAACGGUACAAGGCUUGCUCUUUAAUCAGCUGGGCUCUCGAACUAAUGAAUACGCUAUGGAAGCCAUCUGAAUCCUUCAUGGCAUGGACUUGGGUUGCUACUGCUAAUAGGUGGACUCUAGGAUGUUUCUCUAACAGGGAGCAGGGAGGCUAAACCUGGCAUUAAUCAGCUUUAUACCGGACUAAGCCAAAAAACAAUGCAAGGCAAAUGGGCCAAGGUAGAGAGACACUAAGGAAACUCACAGCUUCUGAGUGGAAUGCCAAAAAAUACCCAGGGAGCCAAGGGCGACGUUUUAGGAACGAGUUGCUUGUCUUUUGUCUUGCAUCAUUAUAUGCAAAGGUAACAGCAGUUAUAGAGCAGCUCAGCUGCUGUUUGCCAGUCGGUGCCAAAGGCAUGUUUUUGAACUGGUACUGGAAUAGUUCCAUUCCGGCACCAUCCAGCUAAAAACCCAACCAAGCUGCUCUCAAGCUGAAUGCCUCGCCACCUCGAGCCUCUCCCUGCCUGAAGCGCGUGGUCCCAAACUUUGCAUUUGUUACCCCUCUGCGGCUUCACUCCUUGCGCUUUGGGUCCCCAUGUGGUGCCAUUCUGUUUCGAUUCUGUUUGCGUGAUGCCUGAGGUGUCAUUCAACUGGUUGCUGGCUUCCAGGGCCAACCAUGUCACUAACUGUUACCAGACCUGACCACUUUGAGUCCAGUUUUCCAAUGGGGCUGCCUAAAGUUAGGCCUCGGAAUCCAGAUUUUGGCAGCUAAACACCCACUGGAAGCAACUGAGAAUCAGCACGUAGUAGGGUGACCAGAUAUCCCGAUUUUACAGGGACAGUCCCAAUAUUUGGGACUUUAUGUUAUAUGGGCUCCUAUUACCCCCCACCCUGUCCCGAUUUUUCACACUUGCUGUCCGGUCACUCUAGCACUUAGUGACCUAAUGCUGAGCACCUGCAACUUGACACCUGUGAAAAAUCAGGCCAUGAUUGGCUAAAACAAGAAUGAAGGUGUCUAACUAAGGAUUCAGGGGACAAACUUUAAGCACCCACACUGAAAAACUGGACUCAUUGCUAAUCAAAUUGCUCCUCCAGUUGUGGUCCCUGGACCGAACCAGUUCCUACCACAAAUGUGAUGUUACAGAACAAAGACAUACUCUUGUAUAUAUAAAAAAGAGCCAUUGUGAUACCUGAAAAGGAAAGAAGCCACCAGACCCCAAACAUCUAGUUAUUUUCCAGUGUGGAGUCUGAUUCUGGAACCAGUGUGGAGUCUGAUUCUGUCUGACAGUUACAAAAGACAAUGAAAGGGUAGUUUCCUUUUAGAGCCCUGAGUAACUAGCGGUAAUACAUUUGGACUUAGGAGCAUAGAAACUACUCUUCAGGAACAGACCAAUGGUCCAUCUAGUCUAGUAUUUUGUCUCUGACAGUGGCCAACGCUGGCUGAUACAGAGGAAGGUGUAACACUCCUACACUAAUGCACCUUUGUAUCGAUCUGUCGCAGGCUUAUAUAUAGCAUCUAUCACCAUAGUAUUAAUGCAUUGUAAAGCUACUAGGGGACAGAUUUUUAUGCAAACGGUUAUUGAUUUUCAUACGUCUAGACAUUACAGAAUCUAAGUCCUAUGGGUCAAAUCCUGAAGGUCCCUUACUCAAUUUUUAUUGUCCUCACUCAGGACAAAUUUCCAUUGACCCCAGUAGGACUUUUGCCUGGGUAAGAAAUCGUCAGGAUAUGGGCCACUGUAGCUACACACGCACAUAUAUAGAUACAAAACGAAUCCAGUGCUGCACUUAUUGACUUUAAUGUGACCAGGACUGGACUUCCAGAAUAUAAAUGUGCGUGCAGAAAACAUAUUAAACGUAUAACAAAAGCUAAGACACAUAAAAUGCAGCUGCUUUAUCUGAUUAAUACACUAAGUACAUACAAACAGUAGAACAAGCUAACCACAGCUGAUUCUGUACUUAACCUCUGGGAAAGAAAAGCUAGACAAGGCAUAGGUGCUGAGGUUACCCCAGUUGGGAACCAGCAGACACGCGUGUAGAGGGACUCUGACCCAGAAGCUGGACUGAUGGGUUUCAUCCCAACAAUAUUUGGUUUUGCUUGAGAGCCAGUUCCCUUCCCCUUGGGUGUUGGUUUUGUAGAGGGGGCUGGAGGUAACGUGGUACGAGGGAUUCCGAGUGUGAUCGGAUACAGUGUAUACUUGAGUUUUAUGUGUGAAAUUCAGCCCUGUGCAGAGGGCCGGCACCCAAUGACUAAUGCAUUACUUUAGCCCUAUUUGGAAGUACAUAGGCCUUCAUGCACGGGGGUGAAUUUAGCCCUAUGGGAAUAGGAACCCAUAGGUUGUCAGAAUGAUGUACAAAGGAUAGUCCUUUAAAUACAAAAUUUAGCCUUUUAUUUUUAUAAUACAUAGCUUUAGAAAUGUAAUGCAAAUGCAGAGUGCAGACUACUGAUCUCCUAACCCGUCCCUUGCUAGUGAACGUUAGCAAUGCCUGGGACUGACGGAUGCCUUCAGUACAAAACUGUGUCCUCCUGGUGUUCUAGCAAUGAUCAUGGACUUCAUCACAGCAUAGCUGGAGUGAGAUGCUGCAGGAAGGAGGACUGGUGACUGAGCAGCUAUUGUCUUCCCUCUUCCCACUAAGCCAGUUCUCGACUAAUGACCCAGGAGGCUGUUGAGGGGCGCUUUGAUGUUAGACCUGCAGACCUAAAACUGAGGUCUGGGCCACUGGAAGAGCCCAUGGCACUUUUUGUGAGAGAAAGGGCUUUAGUGCCAGUGUCCCGGCCCAAUGCCGUCUCAGAGUCUGCCCCUUACAUUCCUCCUGCGGCUGUUUAUAUAGGGCUCGAAGGGCUAUUCCUCCUUUCUUGAUCGAAAGGUUAUGGUGCCUUGUGGUGUGUGGUGAGAAGCUGGCUCCUUCCAUUUCAGUGGUGGGGCCCUUUAGAUGUGGGCUGCACAAGGCAGGAGCAACCCUAAUGCCCCUAGCAGCAGGGCAGUUGUGGAGCAGGGGGAGCAUGUUUUCCCUCCAGCACCGUGCCCCAGCCACUUGGCCAUGCCCCCUUAUCCAGUCCACACUCAGCCAGACAGAGCUGAUUGCCCCUGGCUGUGCUGAGGGUCAUUUUUACGCUCAGGGCUGCAAGCAUCCAUAUGGUGUAGGAUAAGGCAGCUAGGGAGUUCUUGGGGCCGCUACCUGGCCAGUGUGUGGGCGGAACUUUGGAAUUCCUUUCAGCUAAUAACGGGCUAGGAAUUACUUAAACCAUUGCAGUUUCUUAGCAAAUGCCAGCUCACAUUGGGCCCAAUCCGCCGCCACUGGAAUCAGAGGCGAACUUUGCCAUUGACUUUUACUAGUACAGGCUUGGGAUUAUUAUUUCUUUAAAAAAUCCUGCGCACUGGUCAUCUUGGCAGGGUGCGGGAGGACUGACUGUCCAGGGUGGACCUUUGUUAUAUUGGGGUGAUGCGGCUGGGAACAGGGGAUUCCAAUUGCAUUCUCUGUACUACUGAAAGUGUUAUUUAAUGUAAAGCACAAGGUGAAAAGGAUUGGCGCGUGCUAAGAUGUAGUAAUGUGCCUGGUAUAUGUAUCGUAUUCUCUAUUGUAUUUUCGUAAGAAAACACCAAUAAAAUUCGAUGACAAAAGUCAA